AUGCCCCUAGAUGCCGCAACCCAGAGGGUCCUAAAGGCGACCAAAUUCCCGCCCGAGUUCGAGAAGCGUGUCGACACCAAGAAAGUCAACCUCGAUGUGAUCAAAACAUGGAUUGCCGGCAAGAUCAACGAAUUCCUCCCAGAGGAUGAUAUUGUGGUAGACAUGGUAUACAACAUUCUGGAAACGGAUCAAUUUCCUAAGAUCAAGGAGCUCCAAGUCCAGCUCCAAGGCUUCCUCGACGCUGAAGGCCCCAAGUUCUGCAAAGAGCUCUGGAAUCUGAUGUUGAGUGCGCAGGAAAGCCCAUUGGGCGUACCGACGGCGAUGCUGGAGGCGAAGAAGCUUGAGCUUCAGCAGGAAAAGCCGCUCAACAGCACCGCCGUGAAGAAGAGCAAAUGCUCGAUUCAUUCCGCCGUAACGAACGAUCCGACCGUGGCUCCGACCGGACCUUCGAUCGUGGUUCCGAUCGGGGCCGUGACCGUCCUGAGCGCGGUCGCGGCCGUGGAGGUUUCCGUGGUGAUCGUGGUGAUCGUGGUGACCGUGGUGACCGUGGUGACCGUGGUGAUCGUGGUGACCGCCGCGGUGAUCGUGGUCCACGUCGCGACGGAAGGUCUCCGCCUCCCGGACGAAGGGGCUCUCCGCCACCGCGUCGCGAGCGAGAUGUAUACGUGCCAGAGGGUCGUGGUCGCGGCCGUGGCACCGGACGUCGCGACAGGUCUCGCGAACGCCGUCGAUCUCCUUCGCCUAGACGGUCUCGAUCACCCGUUCGUCGCCGUCGCCGUUCUCCCUCUUCGAGCCGCUCAAGGAGCCCACCACGACGAUCGCGGGGAGGCGCAUCCGGCCGCUCUAGGUCUCCUCCUCGCCGCUCCCGCCGCUCCCCUUCGAGGUCACCCCCACGUCGGCUGUCGCGUUCCCGGUCCCGAAGCCCUCCGCGUCGUCGACGAAGUCGUGUUGAAUCCCGAUCACCCGAUUCACGGUCUGUUACCCCAGAACCUAAGCGAAAGGCGAACAGACGCAGACGUUCUUCAUCUUCUGAAGACUCUGAACCACGAGCUGAUGUGA